GACAUAACUUAGCAUAAUGCAGAACGUUCAGAUCCUGAGAAAUUUGUGCCUUUUUGCGGCCAUUUGCUCGAUGGCUGGUUUGGUUCUGGGCGCUUGUAAUAGUUGUCAGUCCAAUGGUGUUAAAUGCCUGAACGAAACAUACUUUGAGUAUUGCUCCGACAACGUGGAAACUGGCCAGGUCCAAGCCUGCCCCGAUGAGCAGGUGUGCACGGAGUACGAAGCUUUUUGCAUGCCCAGUGGAGCUACCCCGGCCUGCCCUGACUCCGAAGCUGACGGAUCCUGCGAGUCCUGUGACGGCACCAACCUUUUUGUUUGCACCAGCCGCACCACCUUCCAGAUGUGCAGUGGCACCAAUCUGACCGGAACUCCAUCCAGCUGCAAGGCCAACACAGUCUGCUCCAUCCGCUCUGGGAAGUUCUGUGUGGAUAGCUGUGAGGUUACAGGAAAUCUGGAAUGCGAUAAAACUGCCUAAAUAUUAAAUUAAAUGCUUG